CUAAAAUGGUGGAAGGAGAUUAGAUAUCAUCACUAGGAGAACAAAUAAAGAUGGGGGGUAAAUAAACAAAAUAAACUGCAAAGUACAUCCAAAGACUUAGGACAAAGGCCCCAGUGGAAACAGAUUAAAAUAUCAAAAUGGCAACAAAAGCGACAAACACAACAGAGGAGCCCUUAGCUGACCUCCUGAAUAGGUUUGAAGUUGCAAAUGUCAGGGACACGCAUGACUUAAGUGGAGGACAUUUAAAUGAGAGUAAUAUGUUAAAACAUGCUGAGAUCUCUAAUAGAAAGCCAUGGGAAAGUUCCCAGAAACCACACAUCAAUAUGAGAGAAGCCGGGAAACUUCAACAUGGUGGCAAGAAAAAUAAUGAGAGCCAAAAGACAAUGCUUGAUACAUUGAUAAACUUUAGCAUGGGAACAGCCGGAACACUAGAAAGUCCUACGAAAGUUCCAGAAAUGCCAAAUCCAAUAAAAUUCAUGCAGCCAGAUCUAACCUACAAAUUAGAACCAAUCGACAAUAAAUCAAAACCCAAGUCAAGACAAAAAUCGCCAGUUAAUACAUUACACACAGAAACAAUACCACGUGCAGCUGAUCAAAAACAUGAGAAAUCACUCCAACAAGAAACAAUGAAAAAUCCCAGAUUAUUAGAUCAAACUUUUAUACAGGAGCUAACAAUACCUGACCUCAUGUUACCUAAAAGUAAAUAUCAUGAUAGCGAUUACAUAGAUUCUGGAAGAGACUCUCCAAAGCAUGUGUUUGUGCCAAAUCAUUUGACUGCCAUUACUAAGAAGGAUCAGCAUCGACAAAUUAAAGAUUUUGAGCAGACUAUUGUGAGGAAACAUGAAACAAUGGAGCAGAAUGUACUUUCAGGGGUGAAAGCUGUUGAACAUCUAGAGAGGAAGCUAAGAGAGGACUUGGACACAUUGGAGUAUGAUGGCUAUGGACCUAACUUCCACAGGCUUCAAGUGUACAGUAAUGUAUAUGAGGACCUCAUUGCAGAUUCUCCCACACUGUCAUACAUCCUCAAAACUAUCAAGGCUGAGUAUGACAACUACAUAUCUUCACUCCUGGAUAGUCAAGCCCCCCAACAUUCCAUUCUGAAUGAACAGGUUGAACAAUUGCAAGCCAGGGGCACAUCCAAGCCAGAGUUAUUGAAUCGAGAACAAGAACGUCUGAAAAAACUUGAGAGCAGGGCCAAAGAGCUCUUGGAUCAGAGUGAUAAGCUGCAUGCUGACAUAGAAGAGGCAAAUGAACUCCUAGCAGAAGCUGAGGCUAUAGAACCACCAAAGAGAAGCACUCUUUACCAUGAGGAAACAAAACUUGACCCAUCUGACCAGGUAGAAGAACUACAUACAGCUAUCCUUGAGAAACUGGACCAGAUGAAGGUGAUCAGAGAUGGUCUGCAUGAGAAAUAUGUCCCCCUGUCUGUUUGUGGUCACCUGGAGCAGUGUAUAAAAGAGUCUGAUAUUGAAGUUCAGAAAUUGCUGAAACAGAAUGAGUUCUUUGAAAAGGGCAAUAAUGAAUUAGAGGGUGACCUGAAGGAAGCUAUUCAGGGUGCUGAACUAUCAGAGAGAGAACACAGGAAAGUGAAUCGUAGAAUCGAUGGAGUGAUGUCAUUGGACAGUAGCAGGUCUACUGCAUCUUCAGUGAGAAGUGUGAAAAGCAAAGUAGCGGGAACUGCACAGGGGGAAACAGGAGAUGUAGCCCCACAUCUCUCUGAGGGAGAAGAUGAACCAGUUAAUGAAGAUGAAAGCGACGAUGAUGAUGAUGAUAAAUGGGAAUUUUAUAUAUCAUAGACUGUGGUCUUUCAAGAUUUAAGAUGUUUUUGAUGAUUCUUAAUAUCCAAUGCUGUCCAAAUCAUAGGCUAUAGGAAAAACAAAAAGCAAAAAAAAAAUUUGAAGACAUUAUUAUCAUAACUUCCACGCAGUACCAAAAACAGCGUCAUAAAAACAUUGAACAAUAGUGAUAAUUGCAUACUUCUUUAUUUUUUAUUGCAAAUAAUACAUACUUUAUGUCGCAUUUAUUUAUUUAUUUAUGUAUGCCAUAUAUGUACGAUAACAGCUAAAAUAUACAGUUUGUGUCAAUUUGAAAUAUGAACACAUUUGUUCUGUGGCAUUUUUCUUGUAAAUGUGGACCCAAUUUCUAACUAUCAUUAUAAUUCCCCAUUGUAUAACCAUAGGUUUAUUUCAAACCUUUGUAACCCCUUCCCCUACACCUCACCUCCUGGGAGUGAAAGAGAAAGUGGAAUAGGGGGAGGGAAGGGGGUCUUAAGACUUGAUCCAAACUAGUGUUACCAUGGACUCACUUAAAGCCUUUGGUAUAACUGUCAUGAAUUUGCUUUCCUCCAUGUAGUUUCAUGAAAAAGAGAUCAAAUAAUAUCUAAUACAUAUGUAUGUUGUAUAAAGCUCAACACUGCAGUAUAAUAAUGUUUUCAGUUGAUAUUCAAAAUUGCUGAACUUAAUGGAUUAACCCCAGUAGGACUUGCAGAUUUAUCCAAAGAAUGUAGUGUCCAUAAAAAAGAAAUGCUAAUAUUCUAUUUUUUUACUUUGUUUAACACUGGUAUACAAGCAUUCAUUUGAUGAACAUGUAUAGUACUACACAUGUUUGAAUUGUAUGAUUUUAAAAUAAUAAAACAAUUUUUAGGCAACAAUACAAUCCUAGCAGGGUUAAAACCAAAUAAUGCAAAAGGGUUACACAUAAUGGUAUAGGCAGUGAACAGUUCCAAAAUAUUACACCUUUUGGUAAUUAUUUUAUGGACGUAUUGUUAUGAAAGUGUUGUAGUGACAUUCUGUCUUUCUUCAUUACAUUUGUAAACUAAUCAAAGAAAGUGCCUUAGGCAUGCCCAUGGGCGUUAUAAUGACAAGCUUCCAUUCAGUAAUUACCAGUAUGGACAUCAAUUUUUGUCAUGCGAUUUACAAUACUAUAUUAACCUUUCUCCCUUGAAAUUGAUCUCCCUCAAAAUGACUAAUCUCCCUAAUAUGUAUUUCAGUAAUUAUUACAAAUUCUGGUCACUGAUGUUCAGUACAUAACUUCAAGUAAAUUUUAUUUUUCGAUAAGCACCUUAUGAAUAAUGGUAGACUGUAUAUUUACAGUAAAACCUGUCUAUGUGAGUCCCUGUCCUCUUAAAAGCAAACACCUCAAAUUGGGAUCACAUCUUUGAGUACCCAUUUUGCUUCCCUAAUAUUAACACUAAUAUGAAUAUUUCAGUCAAUCUCAUAUACACAGUUUUUACUGCUUUUUUCUGAAGUACAUGUAUUACAUUGUAACCCUGGUUAUAAUUUUGGCAGCACAAUAUUUCCCACAUACAUUUAGCGCAAGGCAUUUCAAUGGUAAAGUUGAACCUUUUGUUAAAAUACCAUACCAUUCCAUUCUACAAGACAUACAGUGCCUAAAAGUACAAUUAAGCAACCUUGUCUGGAUGUACAGCUGUAUCAAAUGCUAGUUUGUAAAUUGGUUUAAUUUGGCCAAUUUGUCCUUUUGUGAAAAUAUAUCAAAAUACCAUAGGAUAACAUGGUACACGAGUAUUGGCGAAGAUCUGAAUUGGCAAUCUCAUACAGAAUUGGUGGAUCAGUAAAUUAAAGCAAUAUACAUAGCUGUUAAAUGCCAUGGAUUUAAUGACAAUAAAAUAAUGGAAAACAUAAAGGGGGUGAAAAUGUACUCUAUAAUCUUCUUCAAUAAAUUCUUAUUUAUUAUUUACAAUUUUUUUUACUUAUUGAAUGCUUUUUUCCAUGUACCAACAAAUAACACAACAAAUAACAACAAGAACAAAAAACAUUCGAUAGGCCCUCAAUGAUUCAAGACAGAUUUUCGUGCUGGUGAUCUAAAACUUGAUUUUACUCUUUCCCAACACCAUAACACUAUCAAUACAGCAUGUAUAGGCAGACGUUUUUCCAAUUUGUGAGUCCAACUAUGAUAAUUGGUAAAUCGAUGUAGCUUUGGAUAAGCUUUA